GUGCUCUCAGCGGCGAUGCCGGUGCGGAGGCGGGCGCCACAGCGGUUGGUGGCGCGGCGACAAGAGACGGCGGUGGUGAAGAGGUACACGGAGAUGGGGAUAGCGGCCGCGCUGUCGCGGCCGUGGGACUACCCGACGGCGUGCUGCGAGCUGGCCGAGCUCCUGCGCCACGGAUACGCGGACCUCCCCAAGGCCGCCCAGGCCCUCGUCGCCGGCGACGUACUAAUCGCGUUUCGCCUCCUCCCUGAUGUGCAGACAGGAUAUGCAUUAGCGGCAGCCAAUGGUCUCCUCCAAGCUGUAGAAGUUUCCCUACCAAAGCAAAAGAAGUCACAAGCUGUUUCAGAGUUCAAAUGCUCUGUUAUUGCACAUAAAAGGCGUGCUAGAGUUCAAGAGGAGCCAGGUCCUCCACACAUACCACAUGAUGUGCUUGUUCAUAUCUUCAGUUUUCUGGACAUGCGUUCUCUGGUAGCAGCUGGUCUCGUUUGCUGGUCAUGGAAUUCAUCGGCAAACGACAAUGAACUGUGGAAAAUGAACUACUCCCUUUUCUUUAGCAUAUCCGAUGUGAGUUCCGGCAGCAUGCCUAUAUCCAGUGUACAUAACAGUCAUGGUCUUGUUGUGCAGACUAGCGCCGAUCCAGUAUUUCAUGAUCCCAAUUUGAUCUGGAAAGAGGUUUUCCACAAGAAGCAUGCAGAAUAUAUAAACUGGAGUUCUGCAUCAAAUAGAGCAAUAUGUAGACAAUGUCGUUCAAUUCUUUGGCUGAGCAGCUUGACAUGCGCCGCUCCACACCAUUGUCUCAAGAAUGGAAAGGAUGAAGUAAAAGUAGUGCCUCUAUUACCCUAUGCAGUUGCUUGUUACAUAUUGAAUGCUCAUGAUCGGCCAUCUUCAUCAUCCGAUUGUGAUGAUAAAGAUAGUGAUUCUGAAGAUAAUGUGCCCAGACGGUUUUGGAAUUCUCAUGUUGAGUGAGUUGGCAUGUAAAUGUGGCAUAGCUUUUCUGUAUACCAUUUGAAUUUCUGGUGGUUUCUUAAGUUGUAUGCUUAGACGCACUGUUGUAAUUCACUACUAGUAGGAGAAGACUCAACGAAAACUUGGACCUUUUGCUACAAUACUGUUGUCAAUAGAACAAUUGCAGCAAGAGCGAUUGUUGAUAGAGACAAUAAUUCUGAAGAUAUACUACGGCCACAGCUUCCCACA